GCAAUAGUAAAAAUAGUCGAUAGGCAAUGUUAAAUCCGUAUAAAAUUUUUCUCCAUUUUUAAAAAGUCACGUGUUAUCAUAUGAUUCUCAAACAAAACGCACGUGAGUUAUUUUAAAAUGGCUGAUGUUUUGACUGGAAGCUAUUAGAUGUUAACGAACUGAUGUUACUAUAUCGUUUAUAUUAUGCAAGAAUGCAAUCAAUAUGAGUUUAAGAGCUAUUUGGAUAGUUUCGCUCUGCCAAGAUUUCGGAAAAGUUUAUUAUUUUAGAGUUUUUCAAACAGUUGAAAGGAGAGCACAAAAAAUACAUAAGGAUUUAUUUACAAAGAUUCCUAAUUGUGAUGAAUUUAGUAAAAGUUUGUUGAUUAAACUUGGAUUGAACUCAUCAAAAGAGUUUAUAGAAUGGAGAGAUUCUGCAUCUUCUCAAAUGCAACUACCUGUUCUCAGUUUAAAAAUAAAUGAUGGUGAAUUAUGGCCAGUUCUUGUAAUUGAACAGUUUGGUUAUCUUUUUUGUUGUUUACCUUUGGUAGAAGAAAAAUAUGAGAAUGAUCAUAAAAUUUCACUUUUUCAAAUUCAGUCUGUAAGUGUUGGAUUUUCAGUUCUGCUUGGCAUUAUAAGUUUUGUAGGACCAAUUAUCUCAAAUGAAAUAUCAAAUAAGUUUAUUGAACUAGAUAAUUAUUUAUCUCUCAGUAUGCCUUUUGGUCUAACAUCUGAUACAGAGCCAUCAACAGUUAAAAGCAUUUUACAUUUACCAGAAAAUGAUUUAGGAACAUCAAAGACAACAUUGAAGCAACCAGCUUGGAAGCCUAUGAAUUACAAAGGAAAACCAUCUGUAUUCAUUCAUCUUACAGAAUUUGUAAGAUGUAUACAGUGUGAUAAGCCAGGAGUACAAACACUAUUAAAUAUUUAUGGUAAUAUAACAAUGAAAGUAGAAAUGGAGGGUACUCAAGUUGAUAUGUCUUUGACUUUAUCUAAUCAGUCUUCAGAAAAUUUGUGUGUGGAUUCUUUAGUUCUUCAUCCUUGUGCUCAGUUAUCUACUUCUUUAAUGAUAGGAAGAGAAAAAGCUGGAAAUUCUCCAUCAAUAAAAAAGUUUCGCAUUAGUCCACCAUUACAUAAAUUUAUAUUAUGUUAUUAUACCACUUCUAAUAAUAAAGAAGUUCCUAUUUUAGGAGUCUUUAAAUUGAAAGGAGGAAAAACUGUAGAUAUAUUAUUGCAAUUAAAAUUGAAUGAAUCAUUAAAAACAAUAAAGAAUCAGUUUGAUUUCUGUGAAGCAAGGAUUCCUUUUUUAAACAGAGAGUCCAUUAAAAAUGCAGAUUUUAAUGCAAAUUGUGGACAAGUUCAAAUUUCAGAAGAUAGACACACCAUUAUUUGGAGUAUUGGUAAGAGUGUAUUAUUAUUUACAUAAAAUACAAAUUAAAUG